CGUGUCUUGUACGAAAACUAAUAAAAUAAAAUUAGAAAGCUCAGGGCUAAUAAUGUAAAAUUGUUUAUUAGAAAGCUCAAAGCUUGAAAUCAUUACAAAAAAUUCCACUAUAAGCCAAAAAAAAAAAAAAAAAAAAAAGAUGGAAGGAGUGGGAGAUUUUACAACCAUAGUUUUGAUCUUUCUCUGUGUGUUUCUUCUUUUGGCUCUUAUCAAGAUCUUCCACAAACUAUGGUGGAUUCCAACUCGAUUACAGAAAUUUUUGUCUUUGCAAGGAGUCAAUGGUCCUCCUUACAAGUUCAUCCAUGGCAACACCAAUGAAAUAUUAACCAUGGUGAAGGAGGUCAAAGCCAAACCUAUAGUGGAGUUGUCACAUGCCAUCUAUCCUAAACUUCACCCUCAUAUCCACUACUGGGCCAACUUAUAUGGAAAAGUUUAUCUUCAGUGGUAUGGUUCUCGAGCACUAUUGGUCAUUUUGGAGCCCGACAUGAUCAAAGAGAUAUUGAUUAACAAAGAUGGAGCCUAUAUCAAACCUGAAGCCAUGCCAUAUGUGAAGAAAAUUAUAGGAGAUGGCCUUGUCAUGUCUGAAGGUGAAAAAUGGACAAAAAUGCGAAAACUAGCUAAUUUUGCUUUCCAUGGUGACAGCUUGAAAAGUAUGAUUCCAGCAAUGAUUGCGAGUGUUGAGACAAUGUUAAGAAAAUGGAAUUGUGAUGAAGGCAAAGAGAUUGAAGUGUUCGAAGAAUUUAGAUUGUUGACUGCAGAGGUUAUUUCUAGGACAGCAUUUGGGAGCAGUUUCCAUGAAGGCAAGGGCAUUUUCGAAAUGCUGGCUAGGUUGACCUUGUUAGCUUCUAGAAACAUGUUCAAAGUAAGGUUUCCUGGGAUCAGUAAGAUUCUUAAGACCAGAGAUCAGAUAGAAGCAGAGAAGCUUGAGAAAACAAUUCACCAUUCUAUUGUAGAUUUGAUUAAGAAAAGAGAAGGCAUAGUGACGAGUAAAGAAAACGAUUAUGGGAAUGAUUUUCUUGGAUUACUAGUAAAGGCUAACAAUGAUGGCAGCAGUAGCCAAAGAAUUUCAGUAGAUGAUGUGGUUGAUGAGUGUAAGACGUUCUAUUUUGCGGGACAAGAAACCACUAAUAGUUUGCUUGCUUGGACUAUACUCCUCCUAUCUAUCCAUACUGAAUGGCAAGAUGAAGCAAGGAAGGAGGUGUUCAAUAUAUUUGGAAAACAAAAUCCAAACUCAGAUGGGAUAGCCAAACUUAAAACUCUGAGCCAGAUUAUCAAUGAGUCCUUAAGAUUAUAUCCUCCUGUACUUUCAUUGACAAGAAAAAUUGGAAAGGAAGUAAGAUUGAGGCAUCUCAAUCUUCAAGCCAAUACAAAUGUACUCAUAUCAACUCUAGCACUUCAUCAUGACCCUGAACUAUGGGGACAUGAUUUUCAUCUUUUCAAACCAGAGAGAUUUUCUGAAGGGGUUGCUAAAGCUACUAAGGACAAUAUGGCUGCUUUUCUACCCUUUGGAAUGGGACCUCGAACUUGCGUUGGGAUUAACUUUGCCAUCUUCGAAGCAAAGAUUGUUCUGACAAUGAUUCUGCAACGAUAUAGCUUCACCUUGUCCUCAACCUAUGUCCAUUCACCAGUUAACAUUAUCACAAAUAGGCCACAGUAUGGAGUUCAAGUAAUGCUACAAUCAAUUUGAAACCACUACCACAAACUGCAUGUCAAUUUUAAACAGACAAAAUUAUUUUGUAGUAGAGAACCUCAGUUUUCUUCAAUAUAUCACAAUUGUUUUAUCUACCAGUA